UUUCUGUUUCCUGGCAUCUCUGAUCUGACACAAAUAGAAGCCAAGAGGGGGAAAAGCGUAGUUGACGCUUCAGCUACUCAUGAUCAAUGUUUUUGCGAUGAUGCAGGCAGGUUUUCGACGGUCGACGGUCCUGCAAGUGCUUUCAAUCCUCGGAUUCGACACUAUCUCCAGGAUCAUGGAGUCACGUACGAAGACAAGUAUGGACCUCGGAUAGAUUGGGAUUUCGAGAGGUUUCGGAGGUUUUCGUCAAGAUCAGACCUUCAUCGUCUCCAGCGAGAUCAAGUGUCCUCCGGAGAUGUCCGGUUGAACGCUAAGGGUACAGUGAGGAAGCACCUUUGUGUGCUUACAGGCUUCGGGCGGCCCUAUUACGAGAUCCUCAAUAGUUGGGGAGAACAUUGGGCCGGCAAUGGAUUCGCCCACAUUGGGCCGGCGAUGGAUUCGGGCGAAUACCGCAGGAAGAAUUGUAUCCGAUUUCGCAGUAACCGAGUGCUUGGGAUAGCCUAG